AUGGAGCGAGAAUUCGAGAAAAUGGAUUCGUCCGGAAAAUGGCAGAACCUUUACAAUGACAUCCGCAACCAAGCCAUUGAAUAUCCGUACAAGAUAGCUAAACUUCCAAUGAACAGGAAUCUGAAUCGCUACAGAGAUGUCAGCCCAUAUGAUCACAGUCGAGUAAAGCUUGAAAACUCCGAAAAUGACUACAUUAACGCAAGCCUAGUGGCUGUAAAAGAAGCAGAAAGAGCUUACAUUCUAUCUCAGGGCCCUUUGAGGAACACGUGUGGCCAUUUCUGGUUGAUGAUCUGGGAGCAAUGUUCUAAAGCUGUUAUAAUGCUCAACAGAGUGAUAGAGAAAGGAUCUGAAAAGUGUGCGCAGUACUGGCCCACUCCAGACGAGCCUCAGAUGUCAUUCACAGAUACAGGUUUUGUUGUUCGACUGUUGUCAGAGGAGGACCAAUCCCACUAUACAAUCAGGGUGCUAGAGCUAGAGAACACAAAGACCGGGGAAUCCAGACAGAUCUACCACUUUCACUACACCACAUGGCCUGACUUUGGAGUACCCGAAUCUCCUGCAUCCUUUCUCAACUUCCUCUUCAAGGUUCGGGAGUCAGGGUCGUUGGGCCCGGAACACGGCCCCUCAGUGGUGCAUUGUAGCGCAGGGAUCGGACGCUCAGGGACCUUUGCCUUGGUGGACACCUGCCUGGUACUGAUGGACAGGAGUAAGAGCUCGUCAUCUGUGGACAUACAGAAGGUGCUGCUAGAUAUGAGGGAAUAUCGCAUGGGCCUGAUCCAGACGCCAGACCAGCUGCGCUUCUCCUACAUGUCCAUCAUCGAGGGAGCCAAAAACAUCCUGAGCAACGUCGCCGUAGAACAGAUCUCAGAGGAAAGGCUGCUCAGAGAUCACCUGGAACCAGAAAUGGCUCCUCCAACGCCUCCCCCCAGACCCCACCUCAAUGACAGCAGGCCCAACGGCCCAUGCUUGGACCCAGAGCCCAGCGCAGGAGACCCCGCCUCAGCAGGAGAUCCAUGCCGCCACAGUGAGGCUGAUAACUCUGUGCAGUUGAGGAAGCGGCACCGUGAGGAGAGGAUUGCUGGCACUGCUCAGAAGGUGCUGCAGAUGAAACAAAAACUGACUGAUUCAGAGAAGAGACAGGAGAAGUGGCAGUACUGGAGGCCCAUCCUGCUCAAUGUGGGUGCUGGGACUGCCCUGCUCGUCGGUGUUUUGUGUUUGAUGUACUUCCAGUGAAAUCUCUGGUUCCCCUCAGAAAGCUGACUCCUAUUUUGCACCAACACCUUGAAUUAGGUACUUCCUUAAGUAGAUGUAGAUUGUAAUCUGUGCAUUACUGAGGGUAUUUAUUGAGGUCAAAAUGCAGGAGCACUAGAUCAAACGAGUUUGUGUAUAUUUUCUCAUUAGAUCUACAAAAAAACAAAACAUCUCAGGAUCUUGGUGCCAGCACAGUGAUUUCUUUCCCUGUCUUUGUCACUGUUCAAGAAUGUACUGUGUCAUAGAAACAUGGCUUCGAAUGGAACUUACUAGAGGUGCAGUACACAAAGAAAAAAAAAUCAGACAGGUUUAUUUUUGCAUUCUUUAUUUGUAAUAAUCAAAUGUGUGUUUAUCCUCUUUGGAUACAUUUUUACAUUUCAAAUUCACUGUUAAUGACUGUAGAUCCCACAUUCAAAACAAUGUAGGGAGACCCAGAGCCAAGAGGUCAACUUUGGAGUUUUAUUUAUAACAAAAUGCAUGUUUUUGCCAGGUUUUCUACAGCACCAUCUCUUCUUCCACUGUUCAUAAGCAGAGCAUCCCAUUAUUAUUUAGUUUUUCUUUUUCCCCCUUUUAAACUUCGCUUCUAAGAUGCGUUUUGGUUGCCAUGUAUGUCAUACAAACUGCCAGGUUUCUUGCCAUCUGCUGCAUGUAUUUACCCACUGGUUGGGUCAAAGUUGUUUUGUUCUUUAGAAAACCAAAGCCAAGCUGUCUUGGUUUCAGGACGGUAACAGCCAGGCCAGCUCACGGAUGAAAAAAGCCUUGUACUCCCAGAAUGUAUUUUUUUUUUUUUCCCUUCUUGGAUUUUUCACAUAACUCAAACCUGUGUUACAAAAAUGAAACUAUUCAUGAAACCCAAUGAGGUAUUUUGUUGAGUCCUUUCUUUUUUAAUCCACAGCAUCAACAAAACUCUUUCAGGUUAACGCCUAAAGAUCAGCUAUAAAUCCCAAACAGUCGAAGGUAACAUAUCUGCAGAGGUUUCCAAGAGUCAUUGGUCUGGCUUUGAACCUGUGACGAAGGAUUUGUUAACGGUGCGUUUUGUGCAAUAUCUGAAAAUGGUUAAUUUCCCAAAGUUCUUUAGCAUCAACGGAUCCCUGAAAUGAGAUGUUAUUUGCUGCCGUUGCAGCAAAUGGAUUUUAGUUUUUUAUGGAAGCCAAAGAUAUACUGUGGCUCUUUUUGUUAUUUAGAAAAAAAUACUCUGCUAAAUCAUUUCCAAAAUAUUUUCACAUUUAAAUGUGUUUAUAUCCUGUACAAAUAAACUGAAAAAAAUAAAGAGAGAUGCCACAUGU